CUCAGAAACUAUUAUUCAGAUUAGUGUUCAUUCUUAAAAAUGUUUAUAUUAUAUAUGAUUUCAUUGUAUAUUCUGCUGUACAAUACAUUUUUAAUUUACUAUGUAACAUCUUGCUAACAAUCCUUGAAAUCUUGAAACGUCAGGAGUGGCACGUACAUGUACAUGCAUCGGCCAAAUGGAUAUUUAGUAUCGUGAAUAAAUUACUAAAAAGAGCAAAACACUUUUUAAAAUGCAUGUUUAAACAAAUGUUACAAGAGUUAUUAGGUAAAUGUUUUGACUUUCUAGAAUAGUUGUCAAUAUUUUUCAGUUUGAAUCUUUGACUCGGUUCGACAACAAUAAUCCUCAUUUAUACUUUGGAGAAUGUUUGCACCGUGCUUUCUUUUAAUUGUUUUUCUAGUAACCAAUUGCACAUCAGUAAAUACAAAAAUAAGAACGAAAAUAGGAAAAAUUGAAGGGUUUACUCAGAUUGUACUUGGUAAAAAGUUGAUUACAUGCUUAGGAAUCCCAUUUGCCGAACCUCCAGUCGGAAAUUUAAGAUUUAAAAAACCUAUUCCAAAACGGCCAUGGAGAGGAACAAGAAAAACUCUGAAGUUCGCUAAAUCGUGUUCCCAGCCUACUUUCUUUACCACUAAUAUUCCUGCAGCCAACCAAGGUGAAGACUGUUUAUACCUAAACGCGUGGAUUCCUCAAGGAGGACGUAAACGCAAACAUACAAUGGUAUGGAUUGUUGGAGGAGGGUUCCUUACUAUGAAUGUUAUUGGUAUUGAUCCGAAAGCUUUUGCUGCAUAUACAGAUACUAUUGUUUUCACAAUAAGUUACAGAACUGGACCGUUAGGUUUUCUAUAUUUUGACCACUACGAUGCUCCUGGUAAUAUGGGACUGUUUGAUCAAUCACUAGCAAUCAAAUGGAUAUAUGACAACGUGAGAAGAUUUGGAGGAAGUAAGCAUAAAAUAACUUUAUUUGGACAAAGUGCUGGCGGAGCUAGUGUGAAUUAUCACAUGCACUCCAAAUUUACGCGCCCAUAUUUUCAAAAAGCAAUCAUACAAAGUGGAGCAGCUGAUACGAAAUUUGGCUAUCAUUCCCCUUCUGUAGCAUUUAAAACUGCUAAUGAUUUUGCCGAGCAGCUUGGUUGUAACAUGGCCUCAGUAGAGGAUAAGAUUGAAUGUCUUCGAUCAUUACCAGCAUCAGCAGUGUCGGCAAUACAAAUUCCUCCUAUUCCGAACCCUCCGUUGUUUAUCAGGUUUCAUUUACCUACAAUUGACAAAUGUGGAUUCAUUUCUAAAUCACCAAUAGAGCUCGGGGAACAGCCUCUUCCCAAACAUAUACCAGUUUUGUUAGGGGUUGUAAAAGAUGAGGUAUCGUUCUUUAUGGCUUUUUACGUUAAUUUGCUGAAGAUACCUAUAGACAUCAAUGAUGGAGUUAUAACCAGGGAUGAGUACUUCAGACUUCUCCCACUUGCCGUCGCUGCGAACAAUGCAACUUAUGCUAAAAUCGCUGGACACUAUCUUCGUCCAUUCCUACCAGAUGAACCGCGGUCAUACUUAGAUGUCGCCAUAAACAUAGGUUCAGACAUUAAUUUCAAAUGCCCAGUCAUAGAAGUUGCACAGGCUCUUUCCACAGUGAACCCUGGUAAUCCUGUUUACAUGUAUUCCUACGAAUAUAGGUCAUUAUUUCCACCCGUACCUCAAUGGUUUGGGGUAAGACAUACAGCUGAACUGGCCUUUGUAUUUGGUGCACCAUUGAUAGACCGCGUCAACUACUCCGACACAGAUAGAUACGUCAGCAUGAGAAUGAUGAAAUACUGGACAACAUUUGCUAAAACAGGAAAUCCAAACUUCUGUAAAGACGCGUGUAACGAUUGGAAUCGCUAUGACAGUCGUGAGAGGAAGUACUUGAUGAUCGACAGUGACUGUCCUAAAAAUGGCCAAGGGCUAAGGGAAACACAGUGUGCUUUCUUGAAGAAAGUACUGGCCCCGUGAUAGUAAUUAAUAAAUAGAAUUAUAAAA